UUUCAUGCAGGGAAGAGUUGUGUUUCCAGGGUGAUCAACUUCGCACGACCAUGGAUGAUCUUUAUUUAGACAACAUUGACGAAUUUGUUAACGAUCAGAAUAAAAUUGUCACCUAUAAAUGGCUGAGUCUUACACUUGGUGUCCAUGUUAACACGGCUAAACAAAUGCUGUAUCACUACAUAGAGCAGCGACGGAAGGAAAGGUCUGGAAGCACUCUGCAUGCAACUUACUUGGUGUCUGGGAAGUGCUUGGAAAACGGCAGCAUGUGUCAUAAGGUAUCGGUAGUCCGUGAAGACAAGCUUGAAGAUGUAAAAUCCAAACUGGAUGUGACAGUUAGUGUGCAUGUGUACAGCGUGCAGAAAGCUGAGCUGAAGGACAGCGCUCCCCUUUACAGUACUGACUACGAUGCUAUGAAAGAGAACCUUAAAAACUGCAACAAGUAUAGUGCGAUUCGAUGUUCUGCUGCAAUCCAGAAGUCAACAUCAGAGUUACAAAGGGCUCAGGAAAAGGUUGUGUCUGCUCCUACUGAGGCCAGUAAACCUGUCGUCAACAACACAGCACCUGCAUCCAAACCCACUUCCAAACAGGCGAAAGGCAUCAUGGGAAUGUUUGCAAGUAAACCAGCUCCUAAAAGUGAAGAACAGAGCAAGGAGGUGAAAAUGGAGCAGGUAGAUGUUCCUGCUGAGGGACCCAAAUCCAAGGUGUCUUCCAAAGCUAACACUAUGAGCAAUUUCUUUGGGAAAUCAGCAGAGAAAAAGCUUGAUAAAGCAGACAAAAACAUAAAAGUAAAGGCAGAUGGGGGUGAACCACCAUCAUCAGCAGCAACCACAGGGAGCAAAAAAGAGUCUUGCUCUUCAUCCAAAUCUAAGCAAGACGUAAAAGAUGAAUCGCCAAACGAGGCUCAAGUGAUUCAAAAUGACUUCAAAGAGACCCGAAGUAAAACAAAGCGUCUGGAGAAUAGUGAAGACGAACAAGUGGAGGGUCAGAAGAAAAAGAGAAGGAGGAUAAAAAAACCUCAGCCUGACAGUAGUGAUGACGAAGUAAUUCCAGAUUCUCCUCCUGCACCUGAAUUACAGACACCAAGCCCUGAAAAGCAUGUAAAGAAGGAGCCUGGUUCACAAAGCUCUGAGGGUAGUAGGAGGAAGAGGAGACGGGUACUGAAAUCCCACACAUUUGUUGAUGAUGAAGGCUGCAUCGUGACAGAAAAAGGCUACGAGAGUGAGUCUUACUCUGAAAAUGAAGCUGAACCCAAGGCAGCCACUCAGCCCUCUGAGGAUUCAAGCUCACUGAAGCAGUCACUUGCAAGGAUGGACGAGGAGAAAAGGGUCAAAGAGAAAAGUCAAAAGAAGGCUCCUGCUGCUACGAGUAAACUGACAAAACAAGCUUCAAUCAUGGGCUUUUUCCAAAAGAAAUGAACUUCUUUUGUGAGCUCUCUGUCCUUGUACAUCUGUGAAUUAUUAUUACUCUUACGGCUGGAUAUUUUUUGUGUUGGACUUCAGUACAAUAAUAAAACAGUAGGUGUCCCUGUAAGGCUUAUCAGGUUUUUUGCCCCUUAGUCUUUUUACAGAGGAAACAACUGAGAUGCUGGGAACAUUUUUGUCAUACCUGUACAGUAUGUGGAAGAUUUUAAUCACAUAUUAUUCCGUCACUGAAUACUGAACAUCUUUGAAAUUGAUUGAUAUUUUUUGUCAUCCAGAAUAUCAAAUUUAAAAUAUAUUAAACUUUCAUACUUUCAUUGUCACAUUAAA